UCUUAGGUAAUAUUAUAUCCUUCUGGGGUCUUUGAUGUAGUUGAAAACUAGAUAGAUGUAACUAUGGUUUUCCUUGGUUAUGAUAAGAGAUAAGGUGGAUAUAAAACCUUAGACUCAGAGGUGUCUUCCAGUUGGGCCGAGCUGGUAGCUGGGUUUGUUGAAGGACAUCAGCUGCAGAAUUUGUGAUUUGGGCGAAGAUAGAAGUCAUGGCUGGUCCAGAAAGUGAUGGCCAAUUCCAGUUCACUGGUAUUAAAAAGUAUUUCAACUCUUACACUCUCAUGGGUAGAAUGAAUUGUGUACUGGCCACAUAUAGAAGCAUUGCUUUGUUGGUCUUAUACUUCAAGUUAAGGCCUAAAAAAACCCCAGCUGUGAAGGUAACAUAAAUGGUUUUUGAAAUGUCUGACCUCAUCUGUUAGUCCUAUGCCUGAAGAAGCUGAUGUCAACUCAUCAUGUAAUACUCAAUUUGUACAAUAAAUUAUGAACCUGGAAAAAAAAAACCUUAGACUCACAAAUAUAGGAUAGAUGACAAAAUAUUUAAUUUUACCAAAUACAAAUAGAUUAGAUAUUGUAACUGUAGUUCUUGCUUGAUAACUGUUAUAUACAAUUUUACUAUAUUAAAACUAAAACCUUCCUUUUUAAUUAGAUAGAAAAGGGGAAGUGCUAGGGGAUGUCUUUCUGUAUGCUGUGAAUAUAUAUUGUUCCCAAUGGUUAAUAAAUAAGUUGCUUUUGCCUUUGGCAAGGCAGCUUAGAGGCAGGUGGGAAAAAUCCAAGGAGAGAGUCAGGAAAGAGGAAGGCAGAGUCUGGAGAGAGACACCAGCCUGCCGCCCAAAGAGCAACAUGCCAGCAGACUGAUAAAGCCACGAAACACCUGGCAAAACAUAGAUUAAUAGAAAUGGGUUAAUUUAAGAUAUAAGAGCUAGUUAGCAAGAGGUCUGCCAUCGGCCAUACAGUUUGUAAAUAAUAUUAAGCAUCUGAAUGAUUAUUAUAUAAGUGGCUGUGGGACCAUGAGGCCAGGAGGGACCAGAAAAAACUUUGGACUACACUCUCAGCUUUUAUUGCUUACUCUGGCAGAAGGGGACUAGUGAAUCUGGUCAGUUUCAAGGACUUCCUGAUGCUUCUUUGAGUUGUUUACCUUCUGUUUAAGGACAUCCCUGCAGGAUGGAAUAUUUUAAUCUCAGAGGACAUUGUCACAGAACAUGCAUCUCUCCCAGGUUCUUCACAGUAUCAACAAUAGAUAGCCAGGAUGUUCUCCUUUGGGUUGGGGCAAUAUUCAGA